AAAAAAGGAAUUCAUCGUUGUACAAAAUGCAGGCUACAAUUUUUGACCUGCAAGGAGAAAACAGAUCAUAAGACCCAGCAUCGUACAUUUAUAAAGCCUAAAGAACUGGAAGGAUUGCCUCCUGGAACAAAAGUAACUAUUCGAGCUUCAUUUGGACCUCUUCAGCCAAGACCAUCAAGUACACCAUCCAAUUGUGCUCCAAGUACUUCUUCUCUUCAGGUCUUACCUCCAAAGUCUAAAAGCACAACUGCUAAAAAUCUCACAAAAUCUAAUGCAAGUAAAUCUAAGACAAGUAAGCCUAAUGCAGCUGCCUCUGCUGCAAGUAAACCCAACACAAGUAAACAGAGUGGAGGUGGAGUUACAACUAAAAGCAAAGCCAAACACUCUUACAAGCAGAAAAGACAACGCAACCGAAAAAAUAAAAUCAGCAUAGCUUUGAAAAACUUAAGGUGUCGUCGGGGAAUUUACAAGUGCAUUGAAUGUCAUUCCAAAAUAAAGGACUUUGCAAGCCACUUUUCUAUAUAUAUCCACUGUAAUUUUUGCAAAUACAACACUAACUGUAACAAAGCCUUUAUAAAUCAUAUGAUGAGUUCUCAUAGCAACCACCCAAGUAAACGGUUUUAUAUUUUCAAGAAGCAUUCAGGAAUUCUCAGGGGCAUUACUCUUGUGUGCCUUAAGUGUGAUUUCCUAACUGAUUCUUCUGGCUUAGACCGUAUGGCUAAACACUUAAGUCAACGUAAAACUCAUACUUGCCAAGUUGUAAUAGAGAAUGUUUCCGAAAGUACCUCAACUUCUGAACCCACUUCUGACGGCUUGUUGAAAUAGAUUCCUGCUCUAUGGAGCUCGUGCAACCUGGUGCAAGACAAGUUGGAAUUUCCUAAGUUCAAAGUUCUGAAGUGUUUUCUUACACAAAGGCAGUUUCCUAAGUUCAAAGUUCUGAAGUGUUUUCUCACAUGAAGGUGGUUAAACAAAGUUCAUGACAUUCAGCUCUUUUCAGCUUUCAGAUGGCACUAGAUUCUUAUUCCACCUUAUCUUUGUGUCAGGUUAACGUGUUUUUUUUUUCCUCUAGUUGACUUUCUCCAAAAAUAACUUUUGUUGUUAUGAUCUUUUCUUGCUUUGCUUAAAAUAAUUUGUGUUUUUUUCUCCUGUACUUGCCUUCUGAAUAUUACAUUCCAAAUGACAUAGCUGUUCAUCUUUUUUGUCUGUUUUGUCUGCUUUCUUAAUUUCUUAUAAGUCUUACAUUUUUAGGUCAGAUAGAUGUUUUUUCCCUCAUUCUUUUGUCUGUCAUUGUUCUAUUUUUUUCCUAUUUUUCAGAUGCAGAAGCAACACAGAAAUUUCAAAAAAUGUCCAGUAUACUCCUGGACAGUGUCCCCCUUCGAUGGACACAACUGAUGCCUGUUCUGUCUUUCCAAGGAAUGUGAAUUAUUUGACUGUGAGACUUCUUCUAGUUUGUGGCCUUAAGGAAUCAGAUCUUGGGAGAGUCCCUUCCUACCUGACUGGCCUCCCAUAAUGCUGAUGCUGAUUUGGCCAGAGAUGACCUCAAGGCCCACCAAAUUGAGCACAACUCCCCACUGGGGGCUUUCAUUCUUGAUCUUAAGCUUAUGGGUUGAUUCUAACCAAGAAAAGCCCAUCAAAUCAGUGCUUCAACAUCCAAGUUGAAGUUGAAUCAUUUUGGCUGCUGCCCUUUAAUCUUCCUAUAGCAUGCAUGCAGUCUAAAGAAAAUGAAAUUUCUGUUGUAUAGAGAACCAAGAUUACUUUUAUGUUUUUGGAAAAGUGAACUUUAAAUUUACAAUUCCAAAGUAACAACUAUUCACAUUGUCAUUUAAAGUUUUAUCCAGUAUUAAUCCUAGGAGUUUUCAGCAAUACUAAUAUUUAGAUUUUUUAAUUUAAUUUUUUUUCAUUAAAUUUUAGUAGCUUGGUGUUAUGUUGUUCAUCAAAUUUAUUGAUGUCCGUUUUGUUAUGUCUAUUUUUGUACUCUUCUCUUUAAAGCUUUUGUUUUGUGUUUGUUUUGUUUUUGUUAAGAACUCCAAUAAUUUUCUUUAUAAUUCUCCACAGAUUUCAUGUGGCUACCUACUGGUAGCUUCUUAAUUUUGAUACUUGUUCAGCUCAUUAGACAUUAUUACAUGCUCUAUCUUGGGACUUUCAUUAACAUCUUGGGGAUUGUGAGUUCAAAGACAUAAAGAAUUGGCAAAAACUCCUCUUUCAGACCUUAAAACAAAUUUUAAAGUUACAUUUCUGAUUAUCUAAUACAUAAUAUCUUCUUAGCCAUUAAUGUAAUUCCUUUGGAUAAAGAUAAUAUAUUCAAAAAUAUUGGGACCAAAAAAUGCACUUGUU